CUACAAAUGACGUCACGGUUUGCCAGCCUGCAGUUCCUUAUGUGGCGGACUCUCCGGUUGGACUGAAGAGGUGAGGUGCGACCAUGGCAGAUACAGAGGACUCGGGUCCAGGCACGACCACCGAGUCGGACACUUCACGUACCCGGCCCCAUUACGUCUCAUUUAGUGAGACGGUACAGCCGGCGGUCGGGAUGGUUAGCCAUUUACUGAGCCAACAGUCGUCCCUGAAGUUUGAUAAAAACAUCAAACAGGCCUUUUACAACACGGGUGCGAUGAUCUUCGUGGCGAUCUGUUGCGGGGCGGCUGUGUUGGUGUACUUUAUCCUGGAGGCUUUCCUGCGACCCCUGCUUUGGGCGGUGCUGUGCGGCACCUUUCUGCAUCCGUUCAAGUACUCGCUCGCCCGGCUGGGCCGCUCGUGGCUUACCAGUCUGCAGGACAGCGGCACGCCGAUAGUGGUUGGUACUCUGCUGGUGCCCGUGUGGUGUGUGAAUUACGGGGUGGAGACGAUGGGAGGACUGGUCAUAAGUCGGUUAAACGUGCUGUUGGUGAUCGGUGCUGGCGGACCGCUGCUUUAUUUUUUAUAUCUGUUCUGGAGCGUCAUCGGCAUGCAGGUGAUGUUCAGCCAUGUCUGUACCAUCAUUUGCUUUGGCCUGGAUUGCUUCAACGCUGUUUGGGUUGGUACAUUAGUCGUAGGCUAUGUAUUGGCUGUGGCAUUUAAAUGGACACCUGGCAUGGAAGGUUAUCUGCGCACUAUGUCUAUACCUGUAUGGACAUCUCUUAUUUUCUACGUUGUGUCUCUGACUGGUUCAUGGCGAGUGCCUUUGUUUGUGGUGGUGGUCUUAUUGCUAAUAGUGGGCUCACAGGAGAAGCCUGCUGUUCCAGGCAAAGGUGAACUCUCAGGUCAGGUUCUGUCCUUUGCUGCUAAUACCAUCUACAUGGCAAUUUCUUGCAGUAAUGCCAGCCAUGCUGAGAGCCUACAGGAAGAGAAAAGUACCACAGAUUCAGAUGAUUCCAAUAAAGGGGUCUUCAGUAUUUCUUCCUCCAGGUACCGCAGCAGGAUGGAGUUCAGAGGUCUCCAUCCCAAAGAGAAAACCAGCGAUAUCUACUUUAUACUGCUUGCGUGGGCUAUAGUGUUAGUGCAGAUCUGGCUCAACCUCUGGAUCUUACAGUUACUCACAAUCCCUGUUGCUGUUUGGGUCCUGAAGAAGUUGGUUGUUCGUUUUGGGCUGAAGGAUUUCACAGGAAGGACUCUGGUGAAAUGGUGGGCAUACAUUGAGACGUUUGUGAGAGACAGACAGGAGGCUCUGCUGCCUGGACCAAUCAAAGGCCUAGCCCACUUUCUGCUUCGGGUGGACACUAAGCUCUGGCAUUGGCUUAAUAAGCAGAUGAUAGUGUGGUUGGAGCGUUCUUUGGAUAAGCUGAUCAGUAUUUUUAUUAUCUUUCUGCUGGUAACUGGAACACUGCUCAUGGGACUGCUGCUCACAGCAAUGGUGCAUCAUGAGAGCGUUCAUAUCAUAGAGGUCACCAGUAACCUGAUCAAUGAGACUGUUUCCAACCACCCAGAAUGGGCCAACUGGCUUCCAGAAGCUCAGGUUAUUCAGAAGGCGGUAAACUCUGCAGCCACCAACGUUUACCAGCAUGGGAGAGAAUGGAUCACACUUAAGCUUCAUAAGAUAUUAGGCGAUAAAGUGAACAACACAGCUGUGAUCGAGAAACAAGUUCUGGAGCUGUGGGAUCGCCUCUACCAGUCCUGGAUCGUAAAGAAUGCGACUCACACUGGACGACACCGUGGACAGAAACAGCAUCUCCACAGGCAAGGCAGCUGGCUGGGGGACAUCCUGGACUGGCAGGACAUCGCUUCAUUCAUACAGGAGAAUAUUGAGACUCUGCUCUCGAUAUUGGAGUCUUUGUGGGUGGUUAUGAGUCGAAAUGUUGGCUUGCUGAUAUCUACGACAACCACACUGCUUACCGUAUUGUUCCACAGCGGAACCGCGCUGCUCAACUUUGCCCUUUCUCUGGUGAUUUUUUUGACCACACUGUUUUACCUGCUGAGCUCAAGUGGGGAAUACUAUAAACCUGUGAAGUGGGUGAUCAGCCUCACACCUCUUUCCCAGCCUGGACCCUCUUCGAAUAUAAUUGGCCAGUCUGUAGAGGAGGCCAUCAGGGGUGUGUUUGAUGCCUCUCUGAAGAUGGCUGGAUUCUAUGGCCUUUAUACUUGGCUCACUCAUACAAUAUUUGGCAUCAACAUUGUCUUCAUCCCCUCAGCGAUGGCAGCUAUCCUCGGUGCCGUGCCGUUUUUGGGGACGUACUGGGCGGCUCUACCUGCAGUGCUGGAUUUGUGGUUGGCUCAGGGGCAGGGCGUUAAAGCUCUGUUGCUGCUUUUCUGCCAUCUGCUGCCUACAUACUUUGUUGACACGGCAAUAUACUCCGAUAUAUCAGGAGGUGGACAUCCGUACCUGACAGGCCUUGCUGUAGCAGGUGGAGCGUACUAUUUGGGUUUGGAGGGGGCUAUCAUUGGGCCUAUACUGCUGUGUAUAUUAGUGGUCGCGUCCAACAUCUACAGCGCCAUGUUAAUGAGUCCUAGCAGCAGCCAGGCAACUCCAGUGCAAAGCAACUUUCCCAUACAUCCGGGCCGAUCAUUCAUGGAUACCCCAACACAGCUGAAAAGAUGCACUGAGUGAGAGAAUAGCGGCUUUCUCUCCCCACAGUCUGGGGAAUCCCACACAUCACUGUAAGACUAUGAAAGGGGCGGGGGUUCCAACCCCCUUAAAAUGAAGACUUGCUCUUCCUGUUGGGUUUCCACGACAACAGUAUCACCACGUUCUCUGCUAAUAUGGCUCGUGUAGCACAUAGCAUAAUGUUGCCCCUCAAUGUCGACCACUGUGAGUGUGAUGCUAAAUUUGGGUAAUGCUUAGAGACCAGUGCUUGCACACUUGAGUGUUAACACACCUGUGCUUUGUCUAGCACUAUUCUGGGGAAUUAUGCCAGUGUUGCGAUGCUAAUUUCAGUUAGCACACAAACUAGCACACUGUUUAAAUUGUGCUUUACUGUAACACUAAAACUAGCUUAUCAAUGCUUUUGUACACAAUGUUUAGGUUUGUUUGAAUGUAGUUGUUUAUGUAAUCGGAUAUUCGUGUGAAUGACAGACUAGUGGGGACGUUAACGAAAGAUUUUACCAUUCGGACGUUUGCAUUGCUUUGCUUUGCUUAUGUUUGUUUUACGGAUUGUUUUAAUGGUUGGUCCCGGUACAUGUUGUCUUUCAACAAUACAGCCAGUGGUCUGGAAAUUCAUCUUCCUGCUAAGUUUAGUUUCAACCCUUCACAUUUACAGCUGCCUAUAAUUCUCAGAUGGACCAUAAGACUUUGGUUUGGAGGUUUAGGUGUGUUUUACUGUUAAUAGGAAUUCAAUUAUGAUGCAAUAGACUUUAUGCCCAGCUGCACUACUUCCUGAACUUCAGCCAGCUCCUUGUUUCAUGUCUGCCAUUAUUGGACAAACUG